UUGCGUGGCUUUCCUUUCCGAGAAGCAGCCCAACUCGCUCGCGCCUCAUCUUCUCGUCUCCCCCCUUCCCAGCGCGGCGGUUGCUGCCGCGCGCUCCAGCCAUGGCCGCCGCCGCCGGCAUGUCGACGUCCUUCCUCCUCCGCCUAUGUCCGUCCACGUCCGUGCCUUCUCAUGUGGCCCUCCCUCUGCCGACCCCGGCCUCCUCGGCGCGCCCACGGCGAGCUCCCGCCGUCUCCCUCUCCACCGCGCGGCGGGCCUGCGCCGCCGGCCCCGACUCCUCCUCGAACUUCGGGGGUCAAACAUCACUGAUGCCACCAUUGAGCCUUAUGCUUGAUGAAGGCUGUAGAUCUAAAAGGCCAUAUAGAUGGCAAAGGGUAUUGCUUAAAGUAAGUGGGGAAGCUCUUGCUGGAGAUCACACAGAAAAUAUUGAUCCGAAGAUCACAAUGGCAAUUGCAAGAGAAGUUGCUUCCGUCACCAGACUAGGUGUCGAGGUUGCUAUUGUUGUUGGUGGGGGCAACAUCUUCCGUGGGGCCUCUUGGGCUGGAUGCAGUGGACUCGACCGCUCAUCAGCAGAUUACAUUGGCAUGUUGGCUACUGUGAUGAAUGCCAUAUUUCUUCAAGCAACAAUGGAGAGCAUUGGAAUACCAACCCGUGUCCAAACUGCAUUUCGCAUGUCAGAAGUUGCGGAGCCAUACAUACGCCGAAGAGCUGUCAGGCAUUUAGAGAAAGGAAGAGUUGUUAUAUUUGCUGCUGGGACAGGAAACCCAUUCUUUACAACCGAUACAGCUGCCGCUCUCCGUUGCGCAGAAAUCAAUGCAGAGGUAGUGCUGAAGGCAACAAAUGUUGAUGGUGUGUACGACGCAGACCCCAAGCGUAACCCCAAUGCCCGUCUCCUUGAAUCUGUGAGCUAUCAUGAAGUGCAAACAAGAGAUCUCUCAGUAAUGGACAUGACUGCCAUUACCCUAUGCCAAGAAAACAACAUUCCUGUUGUCGUGUUUAACUUGCAAAAACCUGGAAAUAUCGCAAAAGCUAUUGUUGGUGAGAAGGUUGGUACUUUCAUAGGCUGCACAAAAGACCAGGACCAGAUCAUGGGGAAUGCACUGGAUCAAGAAAGAAGAUUGGCUAAGGAGUUGUGAGUUGAGGGGGUUUUCUCACUGCAUGGGGCCAUUGCUAGGUAGAUUUCUAGAGCUUUUAGGAUAGAAUAGCAAUGCAAUUGCUAGACUAGAACAAUGGUAUAACAGAGACAUUUUCCAGCUCGAGAGCUGCUAUCUAGAUCAGCAAUCUGAUUA